AUGCAUUUUCUUCUCCUUUAUGCGACAUUUGGCAUACACAAAUUAGUAACGAGUUUCGCACUCUUCCUACAGCACUCCUAUUGUCAUUCACCAUACGAUAGGAGUUUAUUUGUAAGGCAGCAUCAUCAUAAUUGUAGAACAUGGUCGAUAAAAAAAAAAAGGCAUUAUGACGCACUAAAAUGUCAAGACAAAAAUUUGAAUAAACAUAAAAGAAGUUGGCCACAUAUUAUAAGCUCUUUGGAAUCCCCAAUAGUUGGAAUACCAAUUGGUGACAAGUUCAAUCUUGACCAUAAGGAUGAUAACAAAUUGGGAAUGUCAUUUUUCCCCAGUAGUGUAAAGGAUGGGAAUACUUUUAAGUUAAGCAAAGAAAUUCCACCUUCUCAUUUGAACAGAGCUAGGCUGAACACAUUAUUGUGCAUGGAAUAUUUACCGGACUCAUCCAAAGCAUACUUAAAAAUUGUCUUGGAAAAAUUCAAGACAAGUGAUUUACAAAUUAAGGAAAAUAUUUUAUUUCACUACAUUUUGAAGUAUUUACAUGGGCGCAACUGCAAUGGAGAAAAAAUUAGCGUCGAAAAAGAGACCCAGUUAAUUAACCACAUUGAAAAUAACACUUUGAAAUUUAUUUCUGACCAUGCAAGAAUUUUGAAGAAAUGUGUGAAGAGGAGGAAAGAGGUAAUAACACAGUUGAGGAUAAUGGACAGUGAAGAGGAAAAAAUACAGCAGCAGGAGGAGCAGCAACAGAAGCAGCAGCAACAGGAGCAACGGCAACGGCAUCAGUCCCCGCCUUCUGAAAACAAAAUUAUCGAUGCAUACCUAAAAAUUAAAAAAAAAUUGAACGUAAUUUUGGUGAGCAUAAAAAGCGAAAGAAAAACAUACAAAAUGUACAGGAAAAUUAAGAGAAAUAUUUCUUUUUAUGACACACUUGAUCGACUCAUCAUUUUGAAUUUUUUUUAUCGACGUGCAAAACAUAGAUUUGCAUUACUCUUUUUCAAAAAGUAUAUUUUCAAAAUUGGAAAUAAAAACAAUUUAUUUAUCAUUAAUUUUAUUAACAAGUUAAGGGAAAAAAAUGUACUUAGCAGCUAUAUUUUGAAUCCAAAUUUAGCAUACCAUGCGAUUUUUCAUUUUCCCGAAACUUUCAGUAAGUGUAAAGACAAAUUUAAGUGGAUCAUGCUACCUAUUAACACUUGCAAUUAUAUUGAAAAUUAUAUCAAGGAGAAUGUUUUCUUCGGAUGCACGUACCCAAAUGGAAGUAAACGAAAUAGUGGUAAUGGCUGCCAAUCAGACACGAACUUUUUAAUGUACAUAAACAUGAUGAACUCCUUUUUAGAAAAAAGAAAUUAUUAUUUCCCAGAACUAUUCCUAAAACAGUUUUGCCUGUACUAUUCAGAAAAAAAAAACAUUUCAUAUGAUCACAAAUGGUACUAUUUCUUGAUCACAUUAUCCUUUUUAAUGAAAAUAUUUUAUCUAAAAAAAAGGUAUCACGUGAGAAAAUGGGAAGAAGUACUUUCAAAGGAGCAAAUAAACCAUCUCCUUAAAAACCGUGUGACAAUAUACGAUGAUGAUAUUUUUAGGGACAGAAAGAAUUACCUCAUCACAUAUGCAGAAAAACGCCUGAACAGUCAGGUAAUAUCUUAUCUACUGGAAAAUAUGCAAUCUGAUGAAAUGAAUAAACAAGGGGGUAAAGAGAAGAGCGUUACAAAAGCUUAUUCCACUUUGCUCCUAUUGCAGUACCUUUUCUUGCUUAAUCUAAACCUGAUAAAUGUGAACUUUGUAAAUAGAAGUUCUGCAAAUCAUUUUGAAAAUUUAGAAAUUAAUAACGAAGAAAUGGCGAAUAAAAUGAGUAGGAAGGAAAUUAUGAAACAUGUCCAAAAUGAUGACUCAUCAGAGAUUAUAAGGAUGGAAAAAAAAAAAAUUCCAUUUUUGAAAAAUGAAACAGUACUACCCCAACAAAGAAAACGUACCUUUUUAUACAUAAUUAGGAUGUAUAAAUCAAUUUUAUCAAAUGAUUGUGAUCAGACAAAUGACACUAUUCUUAUGUACAACAAUAUAUUUGAUGAGUUAAAACUUUUUGUGCAGAACUAUAUGUCAGACUUAAUGGAAACAUCUUUACACAAAGAACGUGAAAUAUAUCACGAAUUGAUGAUGAGCCAAAAGGGUAUGUUACUGCUAUGCAAAAUAAAUACAUGCCUUUUUUUUAUGCUCUUGUCAACCAUGGACAUAUGUAAUUAUAAAAAUAUCGCAUUAAGUUUUUUGCAAGAAAAUGAAAAACUACUAAGAAAUAUCCAACCACAGGUACUAGAAAGGAUCAUGAGGAAGUUUCAAAAUGAAAAUAAUGCAAAUAAAGAAAUGGAGAAAAAAUCGGCUGACUUUAUUCUAGAUCAUGUUAUAUCAGCUUAUGACACAAUUUACAAAAUUUACAAAGAAAUAACCAGCUGUUAUGAUAAGGAACAUAUCAAGAAACUGAUCAAAGUUUUGCUUAAUGUAUAUCAAGCAGAGGAAGAAAAAACCACAUUGAACAUCUUUAAGAGACCUAUUUUAGCAUUAAAUUUGAAGCAAAUAUUUUUCAUUUUUUAUGUAUUAAAUAAUUUUAAUUUGCACUAUGAGAUUACUCAACUGUUUAGGUACCUUAUGAAAAAUAGGAACUUUCGAGGAAAAUUCAGGAAAGCAAAUUUGAAAAAGGGAGAAAACGACAUCAAGUGCAAAGAUGAAGAGGAAUAUCUUCUGUGCAGAAAGAUUUUGCACAUUUACUGUAACUCGAAUUUGUGUAUAAAUAAUUCGGUCCAUUUCCCUGCUGCUGAAAAGUGGAUGAAUAAGCACAUGAAGUAUUUUUUUUUCUAUCGUGACCCUUUGUACAUAUUCAACCUCCUAAUUAAAAAAUAUACAAGAAGAAAAAUUCAUGACAAAGGGAGCAACAUAUGUACCAUCAACCAUUAUGAAGCGACGAUGAAAGAGAUUUUAGAAAAGAUGGAAGACAAGAAAAUAUUUCACAGUAAAAAUAGGAAAAAAUUCAUUAAAAGUAAAAUUUUCAAACGAUUUUUUAAGGAACAUAUAUACACUCGCGUAAGUGAAAAGGAGUAUACACUAAUUUUUUACGGAUUAAUGAAGUACUUAUACAAAAAUGAAGAAUUACUUUUUACCCCCAUGAACCCUGAUGCGUAUAGAACGCAUGGUAAUAAUGAGAAUGUAUUCCCAGGAAAAUUACUACAUAAUACAGAGUUUAUGUAUUUACAUUUUUACUUGACUUGGCAAGGUUAUCUGAAAGUUCAUAAAAUGUCCAAGAUCAACUUUUUAAUGUUUUUGAAAACUUCUUUGCUUAUGAAUGAUAUGGAAAGUUUUGAAAAUGUACUUUUGGAAAACCAAGAUAGGACAUCAAAAUAUGCUAUUUUUAUUAACUCCCUUUUAAAUAAUCACAUACAACUGUAUCAUUUUAAUAUCAGAAUGGACAUGUUAAGCAAAGAUUUAGUUGCACCUGUAGAUAUGUACCUUGUGCACAAAGGUCAGCUUACCAUUUUUAAUUUAAAUUACUAUCAAGUUGUAAAAAGGAUACACAAUUUUGGAAAAUUUAGUACACAAUGCAAAGUUAUGCUCUUCAUCGAUUACAGAAAAUGGUUCACCAACUUGAUAAAUUUACAUUAUCUUUUUAAACUUCCAUUUUUACACAAUGAAAACUUUUUAUCAUUCCUUAAGGAAAAUCAAAUACUUCUAAAUGAAGAAAAUUUCUGGAAAAUUUCUGACCUUGUCAUAUUUUAUGGAAAAUGUAUGAACAAAAGAAAAAAAAUUCUUGAGUUUUUUUCUGAACAUAGGAAAUGCUUUCACGUUCACAAAAAUAAACUUAUCAAAGAUGCUUUCGUAGUUUCUUUCAAAAAUUAA